AUGGCGUUCAUGGUUCUCACUGUACGUAACCUGAAAACGCUGAUCUGCGGUGUACCACCGGCUGGAUCUUUCAGCGUGCUGAGAUUGGUCCUCACGAGUCCAACCUCAUUUGCCAUAUUCCGCAAGAUUACGGGUUCGGAGCUCGACAUGCACUACUAUGCCAAAGGGAGGACCGUCAGCAUAACUCUGGCAAAAACAACGGUCAACAUGAAGGUCGUCAAUGUUAUGGUUCGAAACCCCAUUGAUCUCAGCUUUAACUGCACACCCGGCAACGGUACGGCACAAGACCCCUUUGGCUCCACCAUGGACACACACCCCGAAGAAGUUGAUACAGGACAGCCAUUGGUGCUACACCUAGAAUCACUUGCGAUUGAAGGAUACUCAUCCACAGGCCACCUAGACAAAGUUCUCAAACACGCCACAUGUACUCAACUGAGAAAUGUUGUUCUAAUAGAACAAACGUACCGUACGCUGUUUGACAGCUUUGAGGAGUUCCCUACGCGAGUACAGCAGAAAUGCCCCAGUUUAAGUUCCUUCAAGUGGGAUGCCUCACGAGAGCCCACACGCCCGUCAGAAUGUUGGACCCUUGAAGAACUCAAACCCCUCCAGCAAAGCCUGCGCGGUAGCUCUGCUCACACCCACUGUGUGACCAGCUCUGUUGAUGCUACCUCGAAACACCACUCGAACCCGGUUGUGCAGCCCAAACGUGGCACCAGCAGCACCUCGCGCCCCCGCCAUCGAGGCUCUGCCUCUCCACGCAGCGCCCAGGACCCAAAUCCCUCAUACCCUUAUAGCGCACGACGUACUGCCCGCCACAGCGUGAUAUCCGCCGCCCUGCCGACCGUGCCAAAGUUCGAGCUCGGGGUCCUGUCCGGUAAAGGCUGGGUAUCGACCGCGAGGCACGACGGUGGAGGGCUGCGAGGCCGCGGCCGUGGGCGGGAGAUGGGAGACGAUGGUGAACAGUAUGCGUCGCACUGCGAGUUUGGAUACGCUGACUGGGUGCGCGGGGAAGUUGAGGGAGGCGUGUAAAUGGGCUAGAGCAAGCGGUAUGUGGCGGGUGUUGUGUGGGUCUGGUGCUGCACGGCUAGCGGCGAAGUUUGUUCGUGGCUGUAGGAGAUGUAGGAAGACGUGCCGACGAGGGCGACUGUAUCGAUCCAGGAACUGGUGUGUAGACUUGAUGCGCAGAUCUCG